CCCUGAGCAUUCCUCUGACUCUGAAUACACUCUCUCAGAGCCGGACUCCGAAGAGGAAGAAGAUGAGGAGGAGGAGGAGGAGGAGGCCACUGAUGAUCCUGAAUAUGACCCCGGCUACAAGAAGCUUGGCAACUAAGAACCUUCAAGAAUAGAACCUGAAUUACCGUAAUGACCAUCAUUAAAUCAGCGCUCACGGUGGACCAGGCCCUGGGCUAAAGCGCUUAAUAUGGACAAUCACGUCGGAUCCUUAUGAGGUAUGCCGCCGCCACGGGGUGACGUGACCGCCUUGUUCCUCGGGCCUCCGGGCUGUGGCAAGUCCGCGCUGAUCGCAGCCCUUUGCGACGGGAAUGUGGAGACGAUAGAGAUUCCCGAGGGACGGCCGGACUCCGGGAUCCCCAGCCUGCGAGCUGCGGGCCCUGGCCUCUUCCUGGGCGAGCUGAGCUGUCCGCCCGCGGAGCCAGGGCCCUGGGCGGCGGAGGCCAAUGUGCUAGUAUUGGUGCUGCCCGGCCCCGAGGGGAAUGGGGAGCCCUUGGCCCCAGCGCUGGGAGAGGCAGCGCGGGCCGCCCUGGCCCGAGGGACCCCGCUGCUGGCUGUGCGGAACCUCCGUCCUGGAGAUUCGGAAAAUGAAGCCCAGGCCCGGGAUCGGACAACGGCCCUGCUGAACAACACAGGGUUGGAGGCCGCAACUCUCUUCCUGCUGCCGGCCGAAUGCAGCAGCAGAGAUGGCUGCAAGGAAUUGGAGCGCCUGCGGGUGGCGCUGCGGAGCCAGGCGGAGGUGCUGCAAAGGCUCCUUCCACCCGCCCAGGAUGGCUUCGAGGUCCUGGGUGCGGCCGAGCUGGAGGCGGUGCGUGAGGCCUUUGAGACCGGUGGCCUGGAGGCGGCGCUGUCGUGGGUCCGCGCUGGCCUGGAGCGGCUGGGCAGCGCACGGCUGGACCUGGCUGUGGCGGGCAAGACUGAUGUAAGCCUUGUGCUGAACAUGCUGCUCGGGUUGGAUCCCAGUGACCCAGAGGAAGAGCCUGUUUUCACGCCCCCGGGGCCCACGCCCUACCCAGCCCCAGAGCGUCCCAACGUGGUGCUCUGGAACGUGCCUCUGGGCUCCGCGGGCACUGCUGCCGCCCCCCAUCCGACCCACUACGACGCCCUCAUCCUCGUCACGCCUGGGGCCCCCACUGAGGAGGACUGGGCUCAGGUUCGGCCCUUCGUGCUGCCAGAUGCGCCGCUGGUCUGCGUGCGAACAGAUGGUGAGGGUGAGGAUCCAGAGUACCUGGAGGAAGAGGAAAAGGCAGAGAAGGCCGGCUCCAAGAGCUUAGAGAACGCAGGCGGAGAGGGGUUGAAGAAUGCACUCAGCGAGGGAAGGGAGAAACGUGGCACCGGGUUGCAGAAAGGUAGCGGGGAAGAGUCGGAGAAAGCAGGCAGCGGGGAAGGUUCAGAGAAAGACAGUGAGAGUUUGACGCGUGUUGGCGGCGGCGGGAAGAAAUCAGCCAGCGGGGACUCAGAGCGUGCGGCCGCACUGAGCCCGGAGGAUGAGACGUGGGAGGUGCUGGAGGAGGCACGGCCGCCCGUGUUCUCCCUGCGACCUGGGGGCCUCCCUGGGCUCUGUGAGUGGCUGCGGCGCGCGCUCCCCCCGGCCCAGGCCGGGGCGCUGCUGCUGGCGCUGCCCCCCGCCUCUCCCCACGGAGCCCGGCUGAAGGCGGCGGCCCUGCGGGCCGGGGCGUGGCGCCCGGCUCUGCUGGCUAGCCUGGCGGCGGCGGCGGCACCAGUCCCAGGGCUCGGCUGGGCUUGCGACGUGGCGCUGCUGCGGGGUCAGCUGGCGGAGUGGCGGCGGGCUCUGGGGCUCGAACCCGCGGCACUGGCUCGACGCGAGCGCGCGCUAGGUCUGACUCCGGGGGAGCUGGCAGAGCGGACGCGCUUCCCGGGCCCGGUGACGCGCGCUGAGGUGGAGGCGCGGCUGGGCGCAUGGGCGGGCGAGGGCACUGCAGGGGGCGCGGCGCUGGGCGCCCUGUCCUUCCUGUGGCCCGCGGGCGGUGCGGCGGCCACUGGCGGCCUGGGUUACCGCGCCGCGCACGGCGUCCUGCUGCAGGCCCUCAACGAGAUGCAGGCCGAUGCGGAGGCCGUGUUGGCGCCCCAUGGGCCAGCGCAGUGAGGGGUGGGAUGAGGGUCAGGGCUUCCGGGGUGCUCAGCGUCCCUGCUGCUUGGCUCCGCCAGGGGCUGAGGACUCCCAAGUCCCGGUUAGAGGGAGGGGGGCGGAAUUGGGAGUCCCGAAUCUGGCAUGGGAAUGUCUGGGCCUCCAAGGUAACAGAGCUGGGGGCCGCCACUCAGAAUCUUGAGUACCUGAAGCGGACGAGGGCUCUAGGACUACUGAUUGGGAUGUGUGACUUGUAGUCCCCUGAAUUCAUGGCUCCUGGAGGGGAAAGGAGUCUGGGGGAGAGAACUGAUUUCGCUGGGGACCACAGGGCAUGACAUCAGACUGUGUCCUGAAGGAACCUGAGGGGUUCUAUCCUGGUCUCCAGGGGAAUAGAGACUGGAUCUGUUUGGUCCUGUAGCCCUGGGAGGGGCUGGGGGGAGAGGUGAAAGGCCUGAUUUCUGCUGAGGAGGGUCUCCAUCAUUCUGGAGAUUCCAGUAUGAAGGAAGGAGUCUGGGUAGCCCAGGGAGUGGGAAUCCUUGGAACUGCUGAGCCACUUGGGGAUGUAGGAGUUAGGCUUCUCAGAGGCAGUGGGCCUGCAUCCAGUCUCCCAGUUCCUUAAGAGGCCGUGGCUUUGAACCUUCAUUGGGGUGGACCUUGGUCUCAUUCGUGGGUGGCGGGAGGUCUCCAUCUAUAGGAGGGAGCAGGGGACUGUGCAGAAGAGCUGGAGAACCUUUGGUCCACCUUGGGGAAUAGAGAGAUGUCUAAUACUUGCUGUACCAGGGGCCUGAUGACCUCGAUUCCUUCCCCAGCUGUUGUGGAUGGUCCCACAAAAAGAGGGGAAGAGGCAAGAGGUCCAGGCAUGGUGGGCCCUGGGGGGCAGCCCGAGACCAGGAAUGAGACCUUCUGGGUGUGGAAGGGCAGGAACCCAUACCCCAGAGGUAUCUUCCACAAAUCCCUUACAGAUUUGGACCCUGGCUAUUGCCUCUCUUUGUGUGAGUUUGGGAAGGCUAUGACUGCCCCCAUUUUAUAUGUGCUGAGUAAUUCAAGGGAUCUUGGUGAGUCUGUUCCUUUGUCCCUCUGCUCCCUUAGUGGUUUCUCUUUUUGGUCUUGGUGUCUUCUGUCAUUAAGCCUAAUCCUUUCUGGUCUUGGUAUUUUAUACUCCUGCAUUUUUUGGAAAAGCAGCUGUCGUGCUGCACUUAUCCAGACAUUUCUUUGUUGGCUACCUCAGGUGUCACCAAGAGGCUCUGCCUUCUGGUGUACACACAGUGCUGCAGAGGACAAGAGACCCACAGAACAGCUAGGGAGUGUUCCAGACCAUGGGAGUGUGCCAUGAGUGAAGCAAAGGCAGAAACCACAGUGCCUGGAAUGUUCUAGACUGCCAACUAUAGGUAGAUAAGAUGCCACAGGUCACAGAAUUCUUCAGUGUCAAAAAACAGAAAGGGGGGACCCGAAAGGCAAUGAAGUUGAACCUCUUUUAUGAGAGAUGGGGAGAGCAAAGCCCAGGGAGGACAGACUCUAGGCCUAACAGCACAUAGCAAGGUCCUAUGUGGUCUCGCCCCUGCCUGUUCACAUUCCCUACGCCCACCCUGUCCCCCAACCAGCCUGAUCUUCCUUCUGAUGCCUAGGUGGGCCACCUUGGAUCCUGCCGCAGGACCUUUGCAUUUACUGUUCAUCCUGCCUAGAAUGCUCUGCCCCCCAGAUCUUCCCAUGACAGGUUCCUCCUUGUCAAGCAGGUCUCAGCUCACAUGUCCCCUCAGAGAGGCCUUCGGUGACCAGUGUAACUGAAGUACCUCACACGUCACCAUUAUUCAUCUCAGCCCAUCAGUGUUUCCCUUGUAGCAAUUAUUACUGUAAAUAAUUACCUUAUUUAUUUAUUUACCUAUUUAAUAGCUAUGAUCCUCUGACUAGUAUUGUUCUCUGCUCUACCCCCAGCACCUAGUGCCUGGCACACAUGACUAGUAAUUAUUCAAUAUUAGUAAAUAUCGAAUUCAUGAGCAGACUGGAACUUAGAUUGUCAGCCUCUGGCCACAAGAUGGGAAAUGAAUGAGGUGGGAGAGACAAGCAUCUGAUGGGAGAGAAGCCCCUGUCAGAGGUCAGGGGAUCUGGGACGCAAGCAAGGCUUCGCCACUGGCACUCUUGGUGACUUGGACCAGUGCCUUAUUUUCCCAUCUGUGAAAUGAAAGGGCUGGAUGAAAACCAUAAACUCUUCCAAGAUCCUAUUUUCUUUGACAGCAGGAGACAAGGGUGACUCUCUAAGUGGCAGAUACCUGCCAGAUGGUACCCCCGUGUCCAACUUGAACCCUUGCCGCUGGCACAGUUUGUCCCCUCAGUUGAGAAUGGCCGAGGUGGGAAAAAGCAUUUGGCUCAAUACUGAACAGCGUCACACAUUGUCCUCGAAGGCCUUUUGGGCUUCAGGGAAAGGUGUUUGCCCGUAUCUAUAAUACCCAGUCCACCAUGGUCUGCCUCUCAGUCCAGCUCGUCAGCCAUGGGGAGAUGGGAGAGGCGCCCAGCAGUGCUGUCCGGCAGAAACGGAAUGGGAGCCACAUCUGUAACUGGAAAUGUCCCAGCAGCCACAUUACAAAGGUAAAAAGGAAACAGUGAAGCUAGUUGCGUCUUCCUUAACCCAGUAUAUCCGAAAUAUUAAUUCGACCUGUAAUCAAUCAAGAAGAGAAUGAGAUAUUUUACACAUAGUGUACAUCUCAUUCAGAUGAUAAAUAUUCAUCAGAAAUACCUCUAUUUAACUUUCCAAAAAUUCGUGGGUGGAGAAAACUGAUUCCUCUACCCAAGCUGUCCCAAUUAUAUUGACCAGUUUCCCAAUAACUGCGGUGUGUAUCCGUUUUUAAUUAAACGUGAAUAAAGUUUAAAACUCCAUUUCCCGGGACGCCUGGGUGGCUCAGUUGGUUGGACAACUGCCUUCGGCUCAGCUCAUGAUCCCAGAGUCCCGGGAUCGAGUCCCGCAUCGGGCUCCCAGCUCCAUGGGGAGUCUGCUUCUCCCUCUGA